UCAAAUAACAACUAUUCCUGAGAAUCCUGACAUAGCAACCGGCAUCAAGCAUCACCUUUUAGUGCAAACAAAACCCUGUAAGAAUAUAAAGGAAAAAGGAAACUAGAAAAAUCCUAUUCCCUGCAAUUUCCUUAAAGGCCAAUCAGUGUCACCAUAGCUAGAACUUGCUGGAGAAAACCAUGGAUUUUCAACAGGAGCUGAAUCAGCCUAUCCUCAACUCCAUGCAUGAUCAGCUGCCACCCUCACCCGAGUCAUCAGAAGCUCGUCAGGGCCAUGAGGUGGACUCUGGACUCGAGAAAGUUUUGUCAGACACUGAACUCUCAUUUUGCAAGCGUCUCCGAUUGGCCUCGUGGAUUGAACUGAGGCUCCUCUUCCGCCUAGCAGGCCCUGCGGUUUUUGUUUAUAUGAUCAACUUUGUCAUGUCCUUAUCUACUCGUGUCUUUUGUGGCCAUCUAGGCAAUCUUGAGCUCGCUGCCGCUUCUCUUGGCAACAGCGGCAUCCAACUCCUUGCUUAUGGCCUCAUGCUAGGAAUGGGAAGUGCUGUGGAAACUCUAUGCGGACAAGCUUAUGGAGCCCUUAGAUAUGACAUGUUAGGGGUUUAUCUUCAACGAUCAACCAUUGUCCUUACUCUAACAGGGAUUCCACUGACGGUGGCCUAUGUCUUUUCCAAGCCAAUCUUGAUCUUACUAGGCGAACCGACGUAUGUUGCAUCUGCGGCUGCCGUUUUUGUCUAUGGUUUGAUCCCUCAAAUCUUUGCUUACGCUUUGAACUUCCCCAUACAAAAAUUCCUCCAAUCUCAAAGCAUUGUGACUCCAAGUGCAUACAUAUCAGCUGCCACGCUUGGGGUGCACCUUCUGCUAAGUUGGCUGGCAGUGUACAAGCUGGGUUUGGGUUUGAUAGGAGCAUCUCUGGUACUUAGCUUGUCAUGGUGGAUUAUAGUGGUUGGCCAGAUCGUGUAUAUCUUAAUGAGUGAGAAGUGUAAGCUUACAUGGGCUGGAUUGAGUUUGCAUGCCUUUUCUGGGCUAUGGGACUUCUUGAAAUUGUCGGCUGCUUCGGCCGUGAUGCUGUGCUUGGAGACUUGGUACUUCCAGAUACUGGUCUUGAUCGCUGGUUUGCUGGAGAAUCCUGAGCUUGCAUUGGACUCUCUUUCUAUCUGCAUGGGUAUAUCUGGAUUGUUGUUCAUGGUUUCAGUUGGGUUCAAUGCAGCUGCAAGUGUUAGGGUCGGCAAUGAACUGGGAGCCGGAAAUCCCAAGUCGGCGGCAUUCACGGUUGCCGUUGUGACUUUGGUUUCCUUCAUAAUUGCUUUAGUGGAAGCUGUCGUUGUUUUAGCACUACGGCAUGUAAUAAGCUAUGCAUUUACGGAAGGUGAGACCGUGGCAAAUGCAGUGUCCGAGCUAAGUCCAUUCUUGGCUGUCACUCUUAUUCUUUGUGGGGUUCAACCUGUCUUGUCCGGGGUGGCUGUUGGAUGUGGAUGGCAAGCAUUUGUAGCAUAUGUAAACGUGGGAUGCUAUUACGUGGUUGGGAUUCCAUUGGGCUGUGUUCUUGGCUUCAAGUAUGACCUUGGUGCAAAGGGAAUUUGGUCCGGCAUGAUAGGAGGAACAUUGAUGCAGACCCUCAUUUUGUUGUGGGUGACAUUUAGAACUGAUUGGAACAAAGAGGUAGAGACAACAAGGAAGCGGUUGAACAGAUGGGAAGACAAGGAGACUUCUUAAGAACUGAUCAUUCAAGAGACUAUUAAGGCAAAUGCGAUGCAUACAAAAAUAAAUAAAUAAAGA